CAAUAGCGUGAGAAUUCUUGGGAAACAGGCGAACGCAAAGCCGACGAACAAGAGCGGCCACGUCUAGAAGAAGAAGGAGGAAAAGAAGAGUCAGGGAGGGAGAGGCAAGGCAUGGCAGUGGGGAUGUGGCGGAGAAGUUAACAUGCCUUAAAGGAAGAUAGCGGUAAAGAACAGACAGGGUGCACUCGUUUAGACAGUCAUAAAAUAACGGGGAAGUCAGAGGAAGUCUUUGACAAUGGCAGCAUCUGCAUUUGAAUGAGAGUUUACGAGAGCGUCUGAGCACAUUAUGAGGAUUCAUAUGCGCCUGUUGCUUCCUGUCAUCACCUUGUGCUCUUUCUGCAGUGUGGCCUUCUGGUUUUUCCUCUCGAACAAUAAUGUAACACCUCGUCCUUAUACUAAGAUUCCACAAAAAGGCCCAGAUACUUCACUAACCUUCAAGGGAUGCAAAGACAGUGCAUUAAUUGCCAAAGCACUGGGGAGCUACUCAAACGAAUGGAAUAAACAGGAGGCAAACUUUAAAAGGUUCAGGUCAUUACUAAACAGCAAGUGCCAUGCUGUGUCCAAAGCUGUGGUCACACAGAAUAACACACCAGUGGGGUCAAGCAUUCUCUAUGAUGGAGAGAAGAGAAAGCCACUGCAGGUGACACAAGCCCUGUUCAACAUCUUAACUAAGGAACAGCCCUUUGGAAAUGCAACUUGGGAGUCCUGUGCAGUGGUGGGGAAUGGAGGUAUUGUAGCCAACAGCAGCUGUGGAGAGCAAAUCAAUUCAGCCCAGUAUGUCAUCAGAUGUAACCUUCCACCACUGGGGAACCAAUAUGAGCAAGAUGUGGGCAACAAAACAAACUUGGUGACUGCAAAUCCCAGCAUCCUCCAUGAGAAGUACAGCGGAUUGAUGGAGCGCCGUCGUCCAUUUGCGGAAAGCCUUCAUCCUUACGGACAAGCAUUAUUGCUGCUACCUGCCUUCUCCUAUGGCCAAAACACGCCUGUAUCCCUGCGUGCCUUUUACACACUAGAGGACUUUGGCAAUGAUGGCCCACUGCCUGUUUUCCUGAACCCGGAGUACUUGAGGAGACUGAAGAAGUUCUGGCGUGAGCGAGGCCUUAACUCAGUUCGUCUCAGCACAGGACUAAUCAUGGCUAGUUUAGCAAUAGAGAUUUGUGCUAAUGUCCAUUUGUAUGGCUUUUGGCCUUUCAAUAAACAUCCGCAUGACUAUCGAUCGAUCACCAAUCAUUAUUACGAUGAUCGGGAGAGCAAGAAGAAUGUGCACUCCAUGCCGACUGAGUUUGAACAAUUACUGAAACUCCACAAGCAAGGUGUUGUUCGCAUACACCUGGGGGAGUGUCAGUCCACUCACAGGUAAAACAUGAGCCGAGAAGCAAACAAUGCCUUGCUUUAUGUACAUCUGUGUAUGUACACCUCCACAAAAUACAUCUUCCAUUGAGAAAGGAGUUCAACAUUUAGAUGCAAACCUGCAAGAUUGAACUUUUUUGUUCAUUGUUGAGAGAAUGAAAGCCACACAAGAAAUGAAAGCUUCUGUAUUAGUUCUACCAGGAAGACUCAUAGUAGUAAACUACAUGGGUGAAUUUCAUGAGGUGUCCAGGUCACAUUUAACCGCAAAUAAUCAAAAUAAAAUAUAAGAUAUUAUAUUAUAUUUUGCAUAAAAAAAUGUAAGUCUACUAUUAGGACCCUUAAGCUUUUUUUUGCAUCGUGAAAUUAUUGUCAGGACAAUUAAAGGAAUAUUCCGAGUUCAAUACAAGUUAAGCUCAAUCGACAGCAUUUGAGGCAUAAUGUUGAUUACCACAAAAAUUAAUUUCGACUAGUCCCUCCUUUUCUUUAAAAAAGGCAAAAAUCGAGGUUACAGUGAGGCACUUGCAAUGGAAGUGGUGGCCAAAGUUUGGAGACAAAUGUGAAGCUCAUAAUUUUAUAAAAGCACUUACAUUCAUUCUUCUGUGAAAACUCAUAUUAUUUGUGCUGUAAAGUUGUGUUUAGGGUUUGUUGACAUCAUGGAACGAAGUUGCCUGAAAACUGCUUAUCACUUAACACAGAAAAGGUUAGUAGGUGAUUUUAUCACACUAAAAUUCACUUCCUUUGUAAGUGCCUCACUGCAAUCCAGAUUUGUGCUUUUUUUAAAGAAAAGGAGGGGCAGUCAAAAAUAGUUUUUGUGGUAAUCAACAUUAUGCCACAAAUGCUGUCGAUUGGGCUUGAACUUGUGUUGAACCCGGAAUAUUCCUUUAAGCUUAUUUUUCACCAUAAUUCUCAUUAAUGUAAUGCGAGUCUCAUGGUCAUUACUGUAACGUAAAAAAUAAAUUAUUUGAAAAUAUUUAUACAUCAUGGUAGCAAUUGUUAUACUGUAGUAAAUAAAACAUUCACUGACUUUAAUAAUAAUAAAAAAAUAAUAUUUAAUCAAAUAAUGAGCUAAAUAAUGUGCUUAAUUGUCCUGUAAAUAAUGUCACAAUGCAAAAAAUUCAAGGGGCCUAAUAGUAGACUACAUUUUUUUUUUUAAUGCAAAAUAUGAUUAUUACUUUUUUCUUCUGGGGUGAAAUGUUACCUGGACUUUUCUUGACCGGUUUUGUGAGAUGCACCAUCCCAUCGGACGGGGCUAAAGCCAAAGUACAUCGCUACACACAGUCUGUCGCUACAUGGUAAAUUCAUAUUCAUUCCCAGUCUUUCUGGUAGAACCUGGCCACCCAGAAGAGUGACGGGAAAGAAGCAACUGUGAACAUGAAUGAAUCUAUACUGCUGUGCGUACACACUUAAAAAAUCAGCUAUGAACAUGCACAACAAAUUCAUCACAUGUUUUUAGUUUGAGAUAAUCUUGCACAUACACAAAUAAUUGCUGAAAAUGAAUGUAAUUAAUUUAGCCUCUGUACUGUGAAGGAGUUUAAUUAAGAAAAUGACUCCCAGAACUGCAUCCUCCCUAAGCACCGUAAACACUCCUUUAGAUGUUUUGCCUUAGUCAGCUUUAAACACGCUUACUAUAGGUGCUCCUCCAGGUCACACUCAUCACAAGUGCCAGUCUAUACUCUGGAACAAUUAUCAACGGAAAUUAAUUUGAACUCAGGUGUGCUUGAUUAGCAGCACUGGAUUCUAAUUCUAGACCCAGAUCUCAGCCAGGAAAAACAGGGAUGUUUGAAAACUUCAUAAUCACAAUGGCUAUGUUCAGAAUGGAAUACUGCUUUACUGCUUAUUGAAUACUGUGCACUAUACACUGUAUGCUACCUGAUGUUUUGUAUUUAAAUACCAAGUGAUAAAGUAGGCAAUAUUUCAUGCUAAAUUUUUAGAACAGUAGUAUGCUACUUUUUUUGGUCUUUUUUAAAAUCUACUAAUAUCAUUUAAAACAAAAAUUUGAAAUAAUGAGUCAAGAAAGAGAUGGUAAAAAUCACAGCUGAUAUUAUUUCCAGGUCAUCCAUCACUAUGGAUAUGGAAGUAGUAGGCCAUCUGGGUAUUCCAUGCAUACAGAAUAUAAGCAUACUGUGCACAGUAUACAUACUAAAUACUGCAGCAAUAAUAAGAGUAGUAUGUUAAUAUGCUAUUCCAAAAAAAUAGGAAUCGUGGGUGUGGGUUAGCUCUACUCAGAGUGAGAAAACAGGAGGUGUAGAAAGUAGCAAACUUGAAUGUGCCAAUUUUGCAUGCUCUAAUCUGAGCAUGAAAGGGCUCUCUCAUAUGAAUGGCUGUAGUGUAAACAAAUAAAAUCUCUUUUGAAUUAUUAUUAAAAAAUAUACUUUUUAGAAGAAAUCCAGUCUAUGUGUAUUUUAAGUUUCUAUGAAUAUUCAGUCUAUGAAUUUCUUAAUUUGUCCAGUUAUUUGACAGAGGCAAAGUAAACUCCUGAUAUAUCUUUCCAUUUAAAUGUGAAUAAAGAAACACUGAGCCAUUUAACAAUCUCAAGGUAAUGACUGUUGACACUGAAUUGGCCAGUAGUGAAAGUGAAGCAUUUCUUGUGGUCAGAUCUUCUCACUGGGGCUUGUCACCAUAAGAUUGCUUUGCAAUUUGUGCCUUUUGAGAUUCCAAAGUACAUGCUUAUGGCUUUAUUUGUUUAUGGUUUUUAUAAAAAGCACAAGAAACAAAAUAAUUUGAAACAAAUCUUAUUUGCUUGGUGAGGUUGUAAUGAAAACACCAAAGUA